AUGAAAUUCUCGUCUGUUAUUCUCGCUGUAUUCGCCUUGGUCUCCACUGGCCUGGCUGACAAGACAUGCGUUCCUAGCUUCGAUUACUGCUCCGAUGUUCUCAUCAAGGACAAGGGCUUCACCGAGGCGGAUCUAAAAGAUGUUAUCAACGGAACCGACGUUGCAGAUCAGCCUUUGGAGAAUGUUCUGUUUCACUGCAAGAACCCCGGUAUCGUCGGCCACCCCAAGGCCUGUCCGAAUGGAUGCAAAGAUCCUAAGCAGGAGGGUAGCCACUCAUGCGACGCGACGUAA